CAUUAAAAAAUUAAAAUGGAAAGUCCUAGAAGGCCAUUCUUUACCCACAAUAUAAAAAGCCAAAGGGCAAAGGAAAAGGAAGGCUGUCCAGCUGCAGAUUUUAGUAUAUUAAUAUCGGUUGUUGCCUGUUGUGUUUUGUCUAGGGUUUUACAUUCUGCAACUUCUUUCCUUCUCUACACUCUACUAACCAUGAGUCGUCAUCCCGAGAUUAAGUGGGCUGAAAGAGCCGACAAGGUUUACCUUACGGUGCUAUUACCUGAUUCGAAGAAUGCAAAGGUCAAUCUUGAACCAGAGGGAGUCUUUACUUUCUCUGCUACUGCUGGAGCAGAUAACAACCUAUAUGAGGUGAAGUUGGAUCUUCAUGAUAAGGUCAUUGUGGAGGAAAGCAAAAUUAACAUAGGAGUCAGGAGCAUAUUCUGUAUCUUGGAGAAGGCUGAGAAAGUGUGGUGGAAAAAAUUAUUGCGUGGGGGUGGUAAGAUCCCUCAUUAUAUCAAAGUGGACUGGGACAAAUGGGUGGAUGAAGAUGAAGACAAUGGUGGUCCUGGUGAUAUUGACUUGGGAGGAAUGGACUUCUCGAAAUUUGGUGACAUGGGAGGCAUGGGCAGUGGUGACAUGGGUGACUUUGAAGACAGUGAUGAAGAAGAGGAAGAAGUGACCAAGCCAGCAGAGGAAGACACUAACAAGGCUGAAGGAGAUGCAAAGCCAGAGGAGCUAGGUGGUGGAACUUCAGAGAAAAAAGAAGCUGCUACAAGCACAUGAUAUCUUGUUAGCUGAAGAUAUCAAAUUCUGUCAACCUAUAGUUGUGCGUCAUACUUUUUUGGUCUCUUUGAUGGGAUCAAAGUGUGCUGGUUUUUCUGUGUGAGAUUAAACUUUGCGUAAUCCGGCAAGAUAUAUGUUUAUGUCCAA